CUUAAAAAUUCCCCACUGGGUGGAGUCUGAGUAGAAGUACCCUGAAUUUCUCACACUGAAUUCUGACCUAUAAGUUUUUAAAGCAAUCCUAAGAGAUUUCUCUUCUUUAAAGGAGACUGGAAGCUGUGGACCACAUCAUCGGAAACCUAGCUGAGAAAUAACUUGUAAUGGAGCCUUUACCACUUGAGUUACCAGCUGACACAGUGCAACGCAUUGCAUCUGAACUUAGAUGUCACCCAACAGAUGAGAGGGUUGCCCUCCGCCUGGAUGAAGAAGAUAAGCUGAGGCACUUCAAGGAGCAUUUUCAUAUCCCCAAAAUGCAAGAUCUACCUGCAAUUGAUUUAUCUUUAGUGAAUAAGGAUGAAAAUGCCAUCUAUUUCUCAGGAAAUUCUCUUGGCCUUCAACCAAAACUGGUUAAAACAUAUCUGGAAGAGGAACUCGAUAAGUGGGCCAAAAUGGGAGUCUAUGGUCAUGAAGUAGGAAAACGUCCUUGGAUUACAGGAGAUGAGACUAUUUUAGGUCUAAUGAAUGACAUUGUAGGAGCCAAUGAGAAAGAAAUAGCCCUAAUGAAUGGUUUGACUGUUAAUUUACAUCUUCUACUGUUAUCCUUUUUUAAGCCUACACCAGAAAGGUAUAAAAUUCUUCUGGAAACCAAAGCCUUCCCUUCAGAUCAUUAUGCUAUUGAAUCACAGCUUCAACUUCAUGGACUUAACGUUGAGAAAAGUAUGCGGAUUAUAAAGCCAAGAGAGGGGGAAGAAACAUUGAGAACGGAAGAUAUCCUUGAAGUAAUUGAGAAGGAAGGAGACUCGAUUGCAGUGAUCCUGUUCGGUGGGCUGCAUUUUUACACUGGACAGCUCUUUAAUAUACCUGCCAUCACAAGAGCUGGACAAGCAAAGGGUUGUUUCGUUGGCUUUGAUCUAGCACAUGCAGUUGGAAAUGUUGAACUCCACUUACAUGACUGGGGAGUUGAUUUUGCCUGCUGGUGCUCCUACAAGUAUUUAAACUCAGGAGCAGGAGGUCUUGCUGGUGCCUUUGUCCAUGAAAAGCACGCCUAUAGAAUUAAACCUGCGUUAGUAGGGUGGUUUGGCCAUGAACUCAGCAGCCGAUUUAAGAUGGAUAACAAACUGCAAUUAAGCCCUGGAGUCAGUGGAUUUCGAAUUUCAAAUCCUCCCAUUUUAUUGGUCUGUUCCUUACAGGCUAGUUUAGAGAUCUUUAAGCAAGCAACCAUGAAAGCAUUGAGGAGAAAAUCUAUUUUGCUAACCGGCUAUCUGGAAUACUUGAUCAAGCAUUACUAUAACAAAGAUACAGCAGAUACCAAGAAACCGUUUGUGAACAUAAUUACUCCAUCCUGCAUAGAGGAGCGUGGCUGCCAGCUUACACUCACAUUUUCUGUUCCAAUGAAAUAUGUAUUCCAAGAACUAGAAAAACGAGGAGUGGUUUGUGACAAGCGAGAACCGAAUGGCAUCCGAGUGGCUCCAGUUCCUCUCUACAACUCUUUUCAUGAUGUUUAUAAAUUUAUCAAUCUGCUCACUUCUACACUUGACUCUGCAGAAACCAAAUAGCAGUGUUUUCUAGAACAGCUGAAGCAAGUGAUAUUGAAAGCUUCUAUGGUUAUUUUAUUAUUAUUUUCAAAUUUUAAUAAUUGGAAGUUUUUCAAAAUCCAUCACAUGUAACUGGCAAUGAAUUAUAUAUUUUACAGAAAAAUCUGAUGUAUUUUUUCCAAGAGUCUGUGAUUCUGAGGAGUCCACAUGUCUGUCUAAUUUCUUCAUGCUGGUGGAUCAAAGUUUUCACUGGUCCAAGUAUUAUUUACACAGUCUUAGCUAGCUGUCACAUUUCAUGGUCAGUGAAUGUUUUAUGUUGAUUUAAUUUAUAAUUUGAUUGACAACUUCAUAAUAUAUGUGCAAUUUUUUGUGUCAAUUUUAGAAAUGUUGCUUUAGAUUUAAUUUACCAAAGAGUUUCUUAUAGUCACUGUAAUUUCACAGCCUGAUAUAUGUAUGAUUUUGCAAUAUUCAAUCCAACUCUAAUCCAAGGAAGAGAAAAUACAUUUUCUGGGGCAGUAGCUUUCAAAUGUUUGGCCAGAGUCCACACUAAGAAAUAUAUCUAAUAUCAGAGACUAGAAUACAUAUAUGUUUAUGUCUUAUUUUAUUGAUCUUAAUAUAUACAUUUUUAUCAUUUUAAAAUAUGUGAAAGAAUUAUUUUAAGAUUCUCAAUCAAUAGUUCUUACAAUUGCUAUUGACCAUUCUUUCAUGUUACCAUCACUGAUAUUAGCAUACUUCUCACAAUGAAUAGAUGAUUUUUUUUAAAAAUAGUAGAUAUAGCAAAAGCAGAAGAGUCAUAAAUUAUUUAUCUGUGCUCUGCUAUUUAUUCAUUUUAUCUCAUUACAACAAAUGUUGAUUAAAACUCAUUAAAUUUAUUUCUCCACCAACUUUUAGGUCCUAAUCCAUUUUACACUGUUCCUAUAUCUGGUGUUAUCAUAAUUUCUUAUUUUUUUUAAUGGGGACUUGCCCUAAUAGAAAACUUUAGAUGUUAACCUUGUCUCUAAAAUAGUAAAACAAAUCAUUCCAAGACACUUAGAACUGAGAAUUAGCAAAUAGUGUUUCAUCUGUCAACCUCUAAGGUGAGUCUAUGGACCUUUCCCUCCAUAGGAGGAAAAGCUACAGUUACACUCAGCCCUGUUGGACUUCCCUGGUUUUCAGCUGUUGGUGCUACAACCACUAUUCAUGAAAUGGCAAAAGAGUCUACAUUUAUAUACUUGAGCAGCACGAAAGAGUGACUACAAUAUAAUUAGUGCCCCUGAUGAAUAAAUUUGAAUGAAAUUAACUUAGACAACCCCUAGAGUUAAAUCAAAAGAUGAAGAACUGACCCCAAUACCAGCACCUACUGAUAUGUAUUGAGUACUCACCGUGUACCAUGUAUAGUGCUGGUCUAUUUAGAUGUUAUCUUACUUAUUUGGUUACAGAACUGCUGUAGCAAAGCUUCCCCCUCCAACUUUUGCCAAAACUCAUCUUUGUGGAAGGAAAAGUUCUCAAAACCCUAAAAUUCAUCCAUAUACAACGUCAUGUAGAAGAAAUCAUUUUGAAUCUCACAGAGAUAAGCAAAAGAGACAUGGUUUCAGCUCUCAGGGAACAUGCAGUUUAGUUUAUAAGUUUAAGUUCUAAAAUAUGCUAAGAAAAUUUUUAAAAUAAAAUAUGCUAAUCACAUUAAAAUUAUAUAAAAUCAUGUAUACAAAUUAUUCAAAGAAUAAUCAGCACUACGUCUUCACCAUGCAGGUUAGGAAAAGAGUGUUAGAAAUUCCCUUUCUCCUUGUUUGCAUCUCCCCUUCCUCCCCAAAUCUAGAGUUAACCGUCAAAUCAUAUUUUGUGUUAAUCAUUCUCUUACUUUUAUUGAAAUUUUACAUCUAUGUAUGUACCCAUAAAAAUAUAUAUAUGUAAGCUUGCCUGUGUGUGAACUUUGUGAAAUGAUUGUAUAUAUUCUCCUUCCUUUGCUCAACAUCAAGUUUUUGAAAUUCGUCCGUUUGUUACACACAGAUUUUUAUCCAUUUUCAUUGCUGCUCAGUGUUCUAGCAUAUCAUUGGAGUUAUCAAUUGAUUAAUUUAUUUUUGGAGUUAUUCAUUUAUUCAAUUACUAAUGAACACUUGAAUUUUCUAAAUAUCUUUAGUAUUGCAACAAUGCUGCUAUUAACAGUCUUGGUACACAGGUUCAAAUGUUUGCCCAACAUAUAGCUCUGAAAAUAUUGGGUCACAGGACACACGACAUGUUUAACUUUACCAUAUAAUAUCAAACUCUUCUCCAAAGAAGUUGUACCAGUUUCCAAUCCAACCAGUAGGAAAGGAGAGUUCUCUUGAUCCUUGUCAAUAGUAGCUGUUGAUUGCCUUUGUCAUGUAUGCGGGCUAAAAUAGCCACUAAAAUAACAAUGAAUGUAUAACUUCCAGACAAGUAGAAGAAGAAACAAAAAGGAGACAUACAGACCCAUACUGCAGUUUAGGCUUCAGAAAUCAUCCUUAAUCUGUGGAUGGAGCAAAGACUAGAAUUUUAUCUGAGUUUUACCCUUGCUCAGCUCUUUCCCUUCCCAUAUUCUCCAAAGAUUUUCAUGAUGAGCACCCCUUCAAUGCAACAUAUUAAUCUAGGGGCACUUGGGUGGCUCAGUGGGUUUUGCUUCAGACUCUUGGCUUCAGCUCAAGUCAUGAUCUUGUGGGUUGGGUUGUGUAAUCAACCUGUUGGGCUCCUAGCUCAAGAGGGAGUCUGCUUGAAGAUUCUCUCCCUCUGCUCCUAGCUCAAGAGUGAGUCUGCUUGAAGAUUCUCUCCCUCUGCUCCUCCCUCCUCUCUCAAAUAAACCUUUUUAAAGAAAACAUAUUAAUAGAUAUCCCAGUCUCAAGCUUUAUUUCUAGGAAACCCAAUCUAAGAUAGCAUUCCUUCAUCUAGUGUUAAUAACCAUAAACCUUUUAUAUUCUAUAUCCAGUAUAUGAUAAAUUUCAGUUUUGUUUCUGCCAGUUUUCACAAAUAAUGCUUGUUUCCUUUUGUGUAUUGUAUUUGUUAACUUUUUUUCUGUACUUCUUAACUUUAAACCACUCAUUUUAUUGACCCUCUUGGAAUUCUUUGGAAAUUGGGUUAAAGUAUAUCUUUCCAAAGGUAUUCAUUUUUGCUUCUGCCAGUUUGCCAAGGUCAUUAUGAUUUUCUGCUAGGUAACUUUCUACUUAUUCUUGAGGUCAAAACUAUGUCAGUUUACAUUCAAAUUGUCUUAUGCUUUGUCCCAUAAAUUCAAAUUACUAGAGCAUGAUUUUUAAGUAAAUGGAUUUUUGCAUCAUCUUAAGAAAGAAAUCUACAAACACCCUGAAAGCAUCAUAUCACAAAGCACAAGAUUGUAAAUCACCAAAUUAGAGUGUCCUGUGACUGAGAUGAUGGGUUUGAUGCUUGUGUGGGUCAUUGGCAUCUGUAUUAUGUGUUUUCAAAAGAUAAAAUUUGUUUUCUGUCCUUUAGUAAUAUUUUAAUCUCAGCAAGGCAUGUUUUCAAAGAACAAAAUAAUAAAGAGGAUUAUUAUGAACUAA